UCAUGGUUGAAUUGUAAAUGAAUUCACAUAUUCUAUUAUAGGGAUGCAAAAAAGCAAUUGGCAAUAAGCAAUAUAGCACUUUUAAUGAUAGAGAUUGUUUUAUUAACAGAAUAUUCAUAUAUGAAUGAACAUCCACAUAGAAAUGAAAGUUUGACAUAUGUGAGAUUCGCAAUUUCUGGAUAAGUUUUUAUGAUGUUAGCAUUUUUGGGAUUGAUUGCAACUUAUUUUUUCACACAUAAAUAUGUGAAAUUAGCUAUUCUUGGUAGUCUUUGGUUAGGUUUUGUAUUAGUUUUUAUAGGUAUGAUUGUUGGAGUAAAAUAUGUAAUUCAUUUAUAUAUAAAUUUAGUAUCAAGAUGGAUAUGACACUAUAGCAUCAACUUGGUGGAUUGAAGUAGGAUUGAGUAUUCUAGGCUUUUUGAAUUUCCUUAAGGCAUUCAAUAAUGAAUAAUAACCUAAUGAAGGAUAUUAAAGAUAAGAAUGAGU